AAUAUGAAUGAAGGAAUGCAUGACCCCAUAAUCACAAGUAGGCAAGACCCUAAGUGACCAAUUUACGUGAUUAAUACCAAAGAUUUGAAAACAGGGUAUAUAGUUGAAGUUACUAUAAAAAACAGAGGCAAUCCUAAUUAGUAAUUAGUAGUUGUAAUUUUUAUUUGGAGUAGAGCUUAAAGAAAUAAUAAUAGAGAGCAAAAUCAACCAUUUUUGCGUAAAUAUGCGGUCAUGAUCCCAACUAAACUGCGUCCUGUUCGUUUUCAUUUAUUCUCUCAGGUCUAAAGCAUAUUAGAGCUUGGAAAUCAUGAAUUUCAGAAAAGGGAACUUGGUGGAGGUAUUAAGAGGAGAAGAUGAUCCAUGUGGCUCCUGGUUUACUGCUAAUAUUGUUACGGCGGACGUCGAAAACUGUGUUGUUAGAUACAAACUGCUGAUGGACCAUGAAGGAAAACAAGUGGUGGAGAAGCUUCAAAGGAAGGAUGUUAGACCCUUACCUCCAAGUGUAAAUUGGAAGAGUUGGGCAGUCGGCGAUGUAGCUGAGGUGUUUGAUAACCGGUGUUGGAGGGUUGGAAAGAUCACAAAGGUGUUAAAGAACAACGACCGAUUUGUCAUUAAGUUCUUUGGGUCAAUCCAACUUAUGGAAUUUCAUGGGUCGAGUUUAAGGAUUAGACAGGCUUGGGAUGGCAAGAAGUGGGUGGUGAGGGGGAAGGUUGCUCAGUGUGAAGGCUUGACCAACAAUUUCACACCAAAAUUUCCAAAUCGUGCUGGUGGCUUGCUUUUCAGGACUUCAUGUCAUUUAACCAAAACCCCACAAUUUAGGGAGAAGGAUAGAGAGGGAAUGCAUAAGGGCAGAGCUGAUAAUGCCACCUUGCGUAUGUCCUUGAGAGCUGCAAAUAAAGGCUAUGACCAUCACUCUGAAGAAUGCGACCCCAUCUUCAGACGAACCCUUAGGAGAAGGAAAUUACCGCCUUUCUCUAGAGGUUGCAACGACAAAACUCUUAAGAGAACACAUCCUUUGUUUGACCAGGUAGAUGAUAUUUCUUUCCCGCAUGUAGUAGGGCUUGACGGAGAAGUCAUUAAGCAAUCAGCUAAAAGGAUCAAAAACACAACUCCUCACUGUUUAUAUGAUUCUUCUAGACCUGUUUUGUCUUCUAAAGAUAGUGACCAAUGCUCAGUUGCUAGUUGUAGUUCUAAUGGUGUAGCUGACUACGCUGGCCAAAUUUAUCGUAUACCAUCAGGAAGCACAGCUGAUAAUUCUGAUGCCGAGUCAUCAUUCCCCUAUUCAUGUGGCAAGAGGGACUUACAGUUGUCCCCUGCUGAUAAGGUUGUUGACAUCCAUGAACUUGAGCUUCGUGCUUACAAGUCAACAGUGGAGGCAUUGUAUGCUUCGGGUCCUUUAACUUGGGAGCAGGAGUUCCUGUUAACAAAUCUCCGCCUUUCCCUUAACAUUUCCGACAAGGAACACCUGCUCCAGCUGAGGCACCUUUUGUCUGCUCAAGUUAUGCGAUAGUAUCAUGUGUAUCUUGCUAAGUGCACCAAUUUAAUCAGUUUGAGGCUCAACCGCUUGGAAAAUGACAGUUUUGAGUCGAGACCUGUGGGGGCUAUUGCAGCUAAUUCUCUUGUAGGCGGCAGCAUAUGACCUUAACCUUCCUAGUGUAUAUAAUGUGUAAAUUAUUUUCCAGGAAUUCAGUUUUACUUCUUGCAGCUUAGAGCCAAUAACAGAAAUUUAUGUCUUAUAAAAGUAAUUUGACUGAAUAAAUUUCUAUAGGUUUUGUUUUUGCAA